CCUCCUUGUCGAACCAAACAGUAAACAAGGGAGCCACAGUGUCGGGUAGCGAUGCACACACAGUCACCUUUCAUCCUCUCAGUCGCAGCGUAUCCUCGAGAGCAAAUACUAUAACUGUACUGCGAGUUAGUCCUUCGAUCGUGUCAAGAUGUUAUUAAAGACUGCGCCGCCUGGCUUGGCAGUGGCAGUGAUGGCAGUAAUUGUAGUGGUGAGAGGGGAAAUGCACUGGUCAGGACAAGAAUCAGGCUGGUCCAUGCAGUGUAGGGGACCGGUUUGCGAAACGGCGGAGAAGCAAGCGGAGGGGCUGGCCAGACUGAGGGUGCUGAGCGACUACAUCAAGGAAACGAUGAACCUGAUGGAGUCUGUCAUUGCUUCCCUGGACGACGAAAUGGUGGAGGUAGCACAAGAACUUAAGAGCGCGGUAGGCCGCCGCUGCUACUCUCGGACACUGGCGUCUCUCGGCCCUCUAAUAAUGAACCACCAGAACCACUCCAGCCAGCAAGUAUCAGAAAACAUCAUUGAAGCAACUAGCGACUCUGAGGGUACCCAGUCAUCCACGGACAUGGCACAAAGCUCGAGCUCCGCGAUAUCUGAAGACGUUGAUACCGUGUUGGGCAGUUCUUACUCCACCACCCAAUACACCUCCCAGACCCCGUACUCAAGCAGCACCACAUACGGCAAUGGGCGCGGCUCCCAGCGUACAGGCAGCACUUCUCAUGCCAGCACUACUCGUACCUCACACACUAGCCGCCUUCCAGAUGCCAGCAAUAAGUACGAAGCUCAGCCCUCAUCCAUUACGACAACGACAUAUACGGCACCAGAGGACGUCAGCAGGUGGCAAGGAGGCAGCGGCCGUUGGCAGGGAGGCGGCCAUGGACAUGGUGGUAGCCGAGGACAGGGUAUCGGUCGAGGACAAGGCGGUGGUCUAGGCAAGGAACACGGUGGAGGUAGAGGGAGAGUUUGGGGUCACGGUAGAGGAAAUCGAAACCGGGCCCAUGAGGAGCCACCUCCAGUACAGCCGCAAGGAUCAGGAUGCCGCGGUGUUCCAGUUGGGUCGCCUCAUUACAUACCUGGCUUAGAUUAUUGGUGCAAAACUAAUUGUCCUCAAGGAAACUGUCCCUCAACCCACUGCAUUUGUUAAACUGUUUUCAGUCUGUGAAGGUGGCAGGGGUGGCACAGCAGAGCAGGCUUAUUGAAGAAAUGGGACGAGCCUGUUUGUUGCUUCCAUUGGUGUUGCAGACUGCAUGGGACAUAUGCAAUUGUUUGAUUAUUCCAUCUGGAAGAUUUAAGUAUUGACAUAAUCAGAUUUAACAUAUUGAUUGCUUUAUUUUCCUCUUGACAUUUACGUUUCUUUGUUGUAGCAAUAAAAUAUAUAAAACAA